AUGUUCAAAUUUCCCGGGGUUGCUUUCAUUACUGGCGCAGGAGGGACUGAGGCACAGGUGUUUAGUCAAGAAGGCGACAUCUCGAACGAAGGUUUCGUCAAUUCCUUCGUUGGCGAUACUGCCAAGAAGUUCUUGCGCAUCGACUACUCAUCACUGCGGUCACACGAAACAUCAACAGCCGAUUUCGAUCUCAUUACCAAUGUCAACUACAAGGGUAGUUGGUUGGCAUCUCGGGCAGUCUUGAGCCAAAUGCUCAGGCAGCAACCCCAUGAAGAGCAUCCAGAACAACGCGGCGCCAUCGUCAAUAUCGCGAGCCAACUCGGCAUUGUGGCGCGACCGGCUGCGGCACCGUACUGUGCGUCCAAAGCCGCAAUCAUCAAUAUGACGAGGUCAGAUGCCAUUGACUAUUCGCAAGACAAGAUCAGAGUCAACUGCAUCUGCCCGGGUGUCAUCGCCACGCCAAUGACAACAGCGUCAGAAGAGUUGGUUCAACGACUGAGGCCCGCAAUCGACAUUGCACCGAUGAAGCGUAUGGGUACACCGGAGGAGGUAGCUAACGCAGUGUUGUUCCUGUGCUCGAGCCAAGCCAGCUUCAUCCAAGGCCAUGCUCUAGUCGUCGACGGAGGCUACACAAUCAACUGA